AGACGGCGACUCGUCGAUGGCCGUGAAGGAAGACGAAGUUGCGUCUUUGGGGGACUGUUGGACUAUAGUCACCAUCACAGACUAUUACUUUUCGUUCAAGAGUCCCCGUGCAAUCCAUCGAGUUGCUUGGUCCCCCGGGUCUUUGUUUGCUGGAGACGCUUGCGUUCUUGUGGAAUUUCCGUACAGAUAUCCUGUGGUCCCACUGACCAGCAUGAGCAAGACGCCGUCUGAGACAUCCCUCAUUGAAAAGAAGGACGUGGCCUAUCUGACGUCUGUCUUCAAGUCUGUGGACCGAGACCAGAGCGGUUUCAUCAAGCAUAUCGAGCUGCAGAGGGCCUUGGCCAAUGGGUGCUGGAAAUGCUUCAGCGAAGACAUUGUAUGCCUCAUGAUAGGCAUGUUCGACCGAACCUUCACGGGAAACAUCAACUUGGAACAGUUCAUCACGCUUUGGAACUGCAUCACCGACUGGAUAAACUGUUUCAAGGCGCACAGCAAGUCCUGCAAGGGCCGCAUCGACAAGGCGGAGCUGCAAUCCUGCAUGACUGAACUCGGCUACCGUCUCUCUCCCGGCCUGUGUGCCAUCAUGAUUAGACGGUUCGACCAGAUGGGUGACUACCGGAUCGGCCAGGACGAUUACAUUCGGCUGUGCAUCGUUCUCUACGAUGCUCUUGACGCUUACAACAAAUUGGAUCCCAACAAGACAGGCACUGCCAAGAUAAACUACGACGACUUUUUGCACAUGAUGUUCACCAUGAGCAAGUGAGCGGGCUUGCAAGUUCAUCGGGUGGCAACCAGCGAUCCUUGAUUUCAUUUUUACGUGUGAAAGUCGACGUGACAGCGACCCUUCCAGCCGUUCCGCGAAAGGGCGAAGCAAAUAAAAAGGCGAGAGGAACUGAAA